UUCCCUAUAAACUUCGUCUCUCAAAAACCCCUCACUCUAAAACCCUACGAUUCAAAACUUUCCUGUGCCAAUUCUCUCAUCUAAAACCAGACCUAAAAUGGCACUCUUCAAUGCCAUCAAACGAACAGCGGUUCAUGGCGCCGUAGUCGCCCGACUCAUUGGAAGAACUCAGAAGUAUCAUAACCAGUGUUCUUCCCUUUUCUCCGCCGCCGGCGUCACCAACCGCGUUCGUGUCUCUGGAAGUUUUUCCCGCAGCGCAGUUCCCUCAGCUUUUCAUCAAUAUUCCUCGAAGGCUGAUGCGGCUCUUCUCAAAGUUAUUGAUUCCGAAAUCGAAUGUGCUGCUGAGACUGAAGGCUCCGACAAGGUUGAGGAUGUUCCUGCCGGGUUUCCUUUCAAAAUUGAAGACAAUCCUGGUUAUCAGACCAUAACACUGACAAGAGAAUUUCAAGACGAAGAGAUAUCCGUAGAAGUUCACAUGCCUGACCUAGUUUCUGGGGAAGAAAAUCAAGAUGAAGGUUCUAAUGAUGAUGAGAAGGAGCAGGGCAAUGAAUCACAAAUUCCUCUUGUUGUUAGGGUUUCAAAAAAGAAUGGUCCUUCCCUGGAGUUCGGAUGUACCGCUUUUCCUGAUGAAAUUUCUAUAGACAGCCUAUCAAUAAGGGAUCCUAAAAACAACGAGGAUCAAAUUGCGUAUGAAGGGCCUGAUUUCGCAGAUUUGGAUGAGAAUCUGCAGAAGGCAUUCCACAAGUACCUAGAGAUCAGAGGGAUCAAGCCCAGUACGACCAACUUUUUGCAUGAGUACAUGAUUAACAAGGAUGGGAGAGAGUAUUUGAUGUGGCUCAAGAACAUCAAGAACUUCAUUCAGUCUUGAAAACUUAGUUUCUAUUCUAUGAUGGUUUGCCUACCUCUUUGGAAACUUCAUGUAAUGAAGUAGUAAUCAUUAUACCAUAUUUUUGCAUGAGACUACAAUUCCUUAUCUUUCUUUUGCAAGUGGGAACUUCUUUGUACUUCCUUGGUUGCAAAAUUACUACUCCCUCCGUCCCUCUUAUAUUGUCCCGUUUUACCUUUUCGGGAAGUCCCACUAAAAUUGUCUCAUACCAUAUUUGGUAAAGUUUGUGUGGUUCUAAA